AGGAGAGACACACAUCGGCAUGUUCUCGGGACGCACACAGACACCGGCUGCUUACUUGCCGGAGGAGUUUGCCGGCUGGAACCGCUGCGUAAUGUGUGCUGAAUGAGCUUUAAGUUUGGAUCUGUGAACGGACAUUUCUCAAACAAAGCAACUUUGUGAAGUAGGAUCCAGAGUCUGCACAUGGAGAUAAGGAUGUUAAAGUCUCACAGGCUUGUGUAUGACAUGAAUGACAAACAGGACAGGCCUUAUGUGUGCGGCGCUCCCGGCUGCUCUCAGCGUUUCCAGCUAGAGGAGCACCUGGUCAUCCACAGACACAAGCAUGAGAUGACCCUCAAGUUCUCCUCUAUCAAGGCGGAUACACCUUUUACAGAUCAAACUCCGACACCAACAAGAUUUUUGCAGAACUGUGAAGAGGUUGGACUGUUUAAGGAGAUAGAGGAAGAAUUUCUUCAGGCAGAAGAAGAGGAGAAAAGCAAACAGACGCUUUCUCACAAUGGGCCAACGUCCUGUAUGAACCAGCAGCCACUCAAACCCCAGCUUCACCUCCAGCACCCACAUCCCCAGCCUCAGCACCCACCGCUGCACCAUCCACAGACCCAUCCUCUGCAACAUCCUCAGUCUCAUGGCCCCCUGAUGGGCCCCAGCUGCAGCCUGGCUGCCCAGCAAGCUCUGUCCUGCUCCCAGUCUGGAUCCGUCAUCACCCAGGCUCCUUCUACCUUCACACACACAGGGCCUGUUCCCGGGCCACUGUCGUCCCUUCUCCACAUGCGGAACAGACACAGACAACCGCUGCCAGCCUCCUUACCUGGCACCCUGCCAGACCCCGCCAUGCAAGGGGCAUCUGCUCAGCACAUGCCUAUAGAGAAGCAGAUGUCGUGUCUAAUGGGUAUACCAGGGCCUGUACACAACCCCUCCUGUUCCUCACCUCAGAGAUCCAAACAGAUGUUAGGCCAUCAAUUCCCCCAGAACCACCCAGGAAUGAUCAGCGUCAAUAAUUCUGUGACAUCUAUGGGCCACAUGAUGGAUAUGAUGGCACAGCGUCUUCAGGCACCUCCACUACAACACCAUCAUCAUCCUCCUCAUCCUUCUCCUCCUCAUCAUCAUCACCAUCAACAUCAUCCGGCACAGCUUACGGCCCAACACCUCCCGUACCAACCGCGCUGCCAUGCUCCACCGCAGCAGCAUCUGGGAAGCCCACACAGGCACCAGCUUCACCAGUCAGCGAAUGUAACGCACACUCAGGCUCACCAAUCACCGCCUCAACAUCUGCACCAAGGUUCACCACCUGCACCUCCUCUGUCUGUUCCACCGCAGUUGUCUCCAGUUGCACAGCAGAUGCAGCCAUCCCAGUCAUCCCUUUCCCAGCAUGCAAUGCAGGCAGGUGGUAGUUGCAGCAUAGGAGGAGGAAGUGGUAACCGUCGCAGAAGAACAUCAGAACAGGACCCCGACGAGCGCAGGCAGAAAUUUCUGGAGCGUAACCGAGCUGCUGCCACCCGCUGUCGGCAGAAGAGAAAAGUCUGGGUGUCAUCGCUGGAAAAGAAAGCCGAGGAGUUGACGCACACGAACCUGCAGCUACAGAACGAGGUGACGUCGCUGAGGUCAGAGGUGGGUCAACUAAAGCAGAUUCUGCUCACUCACAAGGACUGCCCUGUCACCGCCCGGCAGAGAGAGGCACAGGGGUUCUCCACUGCAGGGGUUACUGAGGGAGGAAGUCCCACCCCUGUAGGUCCUGGGUCUCAUCUGCAGGCCAUCCAACACAACAGCAUCUCCACCUCCUCCACAGCAGGAGGCGACAUGGGGCACGACCUCCAGCCUGGGCACUAGCCGUCCAGAUUUAGUGGAGGGGGAGGAACUGGAUGUAUUAAUCCCACCAGACUGAAUGAUCCUUCUGUCAUAACUACACUCAGCUCUGUCUCUAGAUAAAAUACUGUACUGUAGAGGUGAAUUUAUGAAUCCAUGUGGACACUGCAGCGCUUUUCACAUCAUGUAUAAUAGUUUUUUUUGGUGAAUCAAAGACCAGAGCCUCAUACUGAUACAUUUCCAUACCUGGUGCAAAAAUGGCCUUCCCUUUAAGCCUCUGAUGUUUAUAACCAUAAUCUGUAUAUAACUGGAUCCCAUGUCCCUCUGUUCACAUUAAUCCAACCACUGCCUUCAACCCACUUACUAUGCACAUACACAACCCUAGCAGUAUCUUUUGCUCUUAUACUUUGCACUAAUUUAAAAAUACAAAGCUUAUGUAUCAUAUUUUACCUGAGCUUAUGCAAGUGCACACCUUAUGCCUUCUCUAUGAUGCAGAAUCUUCCUAUCAAAAAAACAUGUAUUUUUCUACUACUAUUCGUAAGACAGAUAAUGUUUAUUUCAAAACUUUAGAAUCCCACGUCUAUCUUGGAAAGCCAUGGCUGUACAGAAUUUCCUUUCAAGCACUUUUUAAACCAAGCUAAGACGCUAAACACCUCAAAUCUGCACCUCAUCUCAGUCUCUGUCACUAAGUACAAUAGACUUAAAUUCUUGUGUUAGUUUUUUUUUUUUCAAUGUCUGUUGGAAAUGGUUUUGAUUUAAUAAAACCUGUUAGAUUUCUUGUGACAACAUCA